AUCAUAAUCACAAGUGCACUAUUUUGUGUACACGCCCUUGGCAAGAUGAUAAUAGGUUAAAUAACAACGCUUACGCACUGAUUUAUUGGAGACAAACAUUUUAAACUUAUCACGGUCGUCCCUCGUACUUGAUGUUUCUGUAGCAAAAUAAGAGUGGUACCCACAAAACGUAAUAAAAAAAGGCGGGAAAACGUUACCGUUCGAAAAAGAAAUCAAAAGUAAAAACAAAAGAAAUAAUUGCCAACCUGUGCCAGUUUCAAAUUAAAAAUAAUAAAGUCGUGUCACAUAUUCACGACUUUAUUUGCGACGUCUUUCUUUUUUUAAAUCGAAAGUUGAAGUUAAUUUAUAGUGAUGCGUGGAGGUGAUGGUGAUCAAAGUAUCGCGUCGAGAAGUGAUGGCCGCUCAACUGAUAGUGAAAUAUUUGCGGUUCCUUCUUCGGAUUAUUCUGACUGCGAAUAUUGUGAAGAAAGAAGACGAGAAUUAAAUAAUAAACGGAGCGGGUGGUACCAGUCACCAUCAGCCACCACUAGUCACCACCAGGCACCAGCGACCAGCGUCACCAUGCACCGCUCGGAGACAGCACCGCUGUUGUCACCAGCACCCGUCUACCGGAGUAUCACCACCACCAGUGACUCCUUGGGUCCAGGCGAACUCUCUUCCAAUGAAAUUCUCUCAAACUAUAACAAGAGACACGAAAAAUGUGUAAAACCAGAACGCAAGAAGCAAAGCUCCCUGGUGACCAUCUUCUCAGUAUGGAACACGGUGAUGGGUUCGUCCUUGCUGACGAUGGCUUGGGGUGUGGAGCGCGCGGGACUUCCCGCCGCGCUGGCGCUGUUUGCCGUGAUGUCUGCCGUGUGCCUGUACACCGCGUAUGUGCUACUCCAAGUCAACUACUAUCAUGGUAACGAGACAUGCGAGGUGCCGGCGCUAUGUCGGGUGCUCCUCGGGCGCGGGGCGGAGGCGCUGGCGCACGCCUUCUCCAUCGUGGUGCUGCUGGGCGCCAACGUCGUCUACUGGAUCCUCAUCACCAACUUCCUCUACUUCACCGUCAAUUACUUUAAAGACAUAACCUCAAACAGCACGGUGUACAACUCCUCGCUCCUGUGCCCGCGCCACGACGGGGUCAACGGCUCGCUGCUGCUGCCCGCGCCGCAGCCCGACCCCGCCUACUGGGCCCUGCACUCCACAGUGCCUGUCUACGUCGCCUUCAUCGUAUUCCCACUGCUCAACUUCAAGAACGUCACAUUUUUCACCAAAUUCAACUCUUUGGGCACCCUGUCAGUAGCCUACCUGGUGAUCUUCGUGUUGGUGAAGGGAUACACGUGGGGCGUGAACGUGAUCGAGUGGGCCGGCGCACGCGCAGCCUCCCACGCGGCCGUGCUCAGCGGCAUGCUGGCGCUGUCCUUCUACAUACACAACAUCAUCAUCACCAUCAUGAGCGGCAACGAGAGGCAAGAGAACAAUGGUCGAGAUUUGACGAUAGCGUUUAUAUUGGUGACGAUGACGUACACGAUGGUGGGGGCAGUGUUUUAUAUCUGUUUCCCACUCGCCAAGUCGUGUAUUGAAGACAACAUUUUGAACAAUUUCGAGAUGCAUGACGUUAUGACUGCAGUUGCAAGGUUACUACUACUCUUUCAAGUGCUGACGGUAUACCCGCUGGUAGCGUACAUGCUCCGCACGGAGGCGAUCCUGCUGCUACCAUUCAAGGACAGCCGCUGGUUGACGGUCACCAUCAAUGUGGUCAUCGUCGCUAUCUGUAUACUGGUCGCCUGCUUCUGUCCCAGCAUCGGGACUAUUAUACGGUACACGGGCGCGGUGAGCGGGCUGGUGCACAUCUUCGUGCUGCCGCCGCUGCUGCAGCUGCGCUCGCUGCGGCUGCGCGGGCGGCUCACGUGCGCGCGCGCCGCCGCGCUGGCCGCCAUCGCGGCCGCCGGGGUCGUUAACCUCGGCGUGCAGUUCUUCAUUCAGGAUGACGAUUAAAUUUCUUUUUUAUCACAUAAACAGCCUAUAUACGUCCCACUGCUGGGCACAGGUCUUCCCUCAAUCAACCCGAGGAGGUAUGGAGCAUAUUCCACCACGCUGCUCCACCAAAACUUUCGCUGAUAUCAUAACCAAAAUCCAAUAUAUAGCUCAAGAAGUUGUUUAGGUAGACUAUCUGUUUACGUGUGUUAGGUGUUAGUGAAACCGUAACGAUACUAAGAGGGACGAUUCAAAGUUUCCGCUACGAUGUUAUUAACACCCUGUAUGGGAGUUACAGUAACAUAGUUGGCUCGGCCAUUAUAAACGGCGAUACGGCUCACCUGUCACAUUGAUCUAACAGAAAGCUCGGUGGGGUGUGGGUACUUAGUUCAUCUUGCGAUUGAUGUACCUCUUGACUACUCCAAAUGGACUAUAAUCAUGAGCUUCUUCUAUCGUGUGGGUUGUGAGGUGGAGUACCAACCUUAUUAACCCUGGUGUCAUGGUUACUAUAGCCGCCAAAGGUCCGGCAUGGCUCUCAUGUAACGACUACUAACUUACAUCAGUAAGUAACCUAUGUUAGUAGCUUAUGUUGCAAUAACUGUACUACCAUACGCCACCGAGGCGCUUCGCUUUUUUUUGACGUGACUUAUUGUAGAUUUUCCGCAGAUGGCAUUAACUACUUGGCCGGACAAAUGGGGAGCGCUUAAGGGUCUGACCCGGUACAACGUUUAAGACAACAGGCCUGAGGUGCCCAGUUGGGCGCGAACCUCGGCUCAGGGUGUCGUCUGAGAGGAAAAAUAUUUGAAAGAAUUAAUCGACCCUAGUGGGUCGAUAGCGAUAAGCGCUGAUUGAGUCGGUAUUGGGGUCCUGAGGCGCUUCGCAUGUGCGGCAACUUUUCUCGUAUGGACCGGCCUGUUUGUUUUCUUCUUUCGUGUCGAUGACAAGUCGAACAACGUAAUUCACGCGAUUUGCGUGUUGGCUCACGCCGCGACUUAUGCUGAGCGAGGUCCUUUUAUUCCGGACUCCACCGCAGAUGAUCGGGCCGUCAGUGCGUUGCAUUUAGAAUACUUAGUUUUAUUAUUAUUGUUUUUAUGAUUUUGGUUUGUUUCUCUUUUUGUUAUGGAUAUAUUAUUUUUUUUCUUGUCUGUGUACUUAUUGAUUUCCGUGUGGUUUCUGUCCUGUGUUAAAUGUAAUGUACUGUCUGUCUGUGGUGUCCCGAAGUAAUAAAUGUUUCUUUCUUUC